ACUAUCUCAUGCAUAUUAAUGAGUUCACUGCUGAACGCGGAAGUCGGACAAGAACAGCAGUCUGCACGGUGAAUUUCAAUGGCGAAGGAAGGGACACCAACGGUUUCCUUCGUAAGAUUGACCGAGGAUGAUGUCCCGGGAGCAAAAUUUUCCUAUGAAACAGCAGCUGAACAUUCCAAUAUCCAGUUGAGACGUUGGCUUGCCUGCAGGGGCUUAAAAUCUAGUGGAAACCGGAGUGAACUGGUCGAAAGAUGCAAUGAUUGCAUAGCAAGUGGAAGGUCCGUAGACAUCGAUAUUACCAUUGAUGGGGGGAAAUGGUACCAGAAAAAGGCAGGUAUCUUGGUGGAAAGAUCUGCCAACAAACCUAUCCCGCCAGUCACAGGAUGGAAGCCAUUGGUAGCCACUUCGUUGCCAGCACAAUACAAUUAUGGGAAUGUAUAUCACUGGUUGGUGGAGAGCAUGCCAACCCUUCCAGGGGAUACGGAUAACCAGAGUGUGGUUACUGGAAAACCUCUAGUACGGGGACAACAGUAUGUUCAGUCUGGCAAUGUGGGUUGUGUAGAGACUAAAGUGUCUGACAGUAUAUUUCAUGUCAAAGCCAAAGUUUUGCCCUCUAUGAGAAAUGAAAAUCCAUACACUGUGACUAUUGCGCUGUCCGUUGUAAGUGGAACUGUGUUGGAUGCCACUUGCCAUUGCAAGUCUUCAGCCCUAAGCAGAUGCAGCCAUAUUGCUGCUGUUCUUUUAUCACUUUGUGACCCUGCAGACAGGGGUGCCUCUGAUCCAGCAUGCACAGACCUGCCGUGCCAGUGGCAUCGUGGCAGCAAAAGGAAAAUGCCUGACAGCAUCAACAAGAAAGUAUAUAACUCCAAGCGAAAGCAAACUAAUGUAAUAGCCUUUGACCCUCGGCCUGCAGGGACAAUUAUUACUGUAGAGGCCAAAAAUAAGUUUUUGACUGACUUAGGUAAAGCAGAUACCAUAUGUAUGUGGCAGACAACUCUUCAGUUUACAUAUAUAGACUAUGACCUAAGUAGGGAAAGGAAUGAGCUUCUGUCCUGCAUAGUAGUCCACAUUCUGAAUAAUUUAAGACCUAGUGUGGAUGAGGAAGCAGCUCUCAUGCCAAACACAAGUAACCAGUCUGCAUCCACAGAGUGGCACAACCAGCGAAGUGUAAGGAUGACAGCGUCUUCUGCCAAGGAAGCUGUGAUGUUGUGGAGGAAAGAGAGCGUGGAUCAGUCGUCAGUUGUAAGUGAAGCUUCUUUGAAGUUUGUUCAAAGAAAAGUGUGGGGACUCCAUCAGGUCGUCACUAGGUACAUGCAGGAAGGUUUGGAGAAAGAGGAGCAAGCAAGAAUGGACUAUUUUGCUUACAUGAAACAGCAGUCUCCACUGGUAGAGGUACAGCCCACUGGAUUAUGGGUAAAUGUUGUAGAACCCUGUCUUGCAUGCAGUCCUGAUGGAAUAGUAAAAGACCCAUCAGAAAAUCCCAGUGUGGGAUGUGUAGAAAUUAAGGUGUUGAAGAUUUUUAGUCACAGGUCACCAGUUGAGUUAAAAAGUGCUGUUGAGAGAGGGGAGAUGAAAAAGGAAAUGUCGUCCCAAUGUUUCAAGAUCAACAAUGGUAAUUUUACAUUGAAAAGAUCUCAUGGAUACUAUUAUCAAGUUCAAUUUCAGUUGGGUGUUACAGGUCUUAGUUGGUGCGAUUUUGUUAUGUGGUCACCUGUAGGGGAACCUGCUGUGGAGAGAGUUUACAGAGAUGAUGUGUUUAUUGCUGAGAUAAUGUCGGCAAACAAGAAAUAUUGGAAGGCAGUUAUUGCCCCUGAAUUGGUAGAAAUGAGGGCCCCACGCAAUCUAAAACCUUUUAAAUUGAAGGGUUAGUUAACAAGUUAAUUUUAAAACUGACCUGGAUGGUUUUGAGCCCUCUAGUGCAUAUUAGUCAUUCUAAUUGUUGUGAUUUUAUUUACUUACAUUUUGAUAUGUAAUUUUUUAGAAGAUUGCAUUAUAUGUGAUUAAAUUUGAAUGCUUUUCAUAUCUUGCCCUAUCAUUGUAUUUCAACAGCACAGGUGUAUCAAUGAGAGGACUGAUGGUAAAUAAUGAAGGUCUUCAAUUUUUUUUUUACUGACAUGAAUAGUUUUGAGAUGGCAUCUUUAGUGUUUUUCUUAUUCAUGCUCAAUUUUUGUAGUUUAUGUGCAUUUUAAUAUGUAUUGUCUUAGAACAAGGUGAUAUAUUAAACUAUGAACAAUUGUCACAUGUGGCAUUAUCAUUGCUCUCAUUUCAAUAGCACAGAUAUGUUAAUAAGAGUACUACUUGUAUAUAAUUAAGUUUUUCAGUUUUGCUUAAUAAUUUUAGUAACGUACAAAGAUUCUCGGAAAAAAAUUGGAAAGAAGACAUUAGUCAGGAUGACAAAUAUUUUUUUCAAUAAACAUUUUGCAAUAAUGAUUAUUAGUGUUUUCAUUUUGUCCAUUUGCAUAUUGCUUUUAUAAGAUUCAGGGGAUCUAGUAAAUACUGCACAUCCAUAUAUUUUAGCAAAGGAAAUCUCAAAAGUCAGCUAUUUUCAUCUAAAUAGCCAAUUGUCAUCUGGUUUCUUUUUAAAACAUAUUGUUGCAUUUUGAUAUAUCACCUAUUCAUCAUAUAAUUUUGCAGUUUAUAAUUUACAGAAAAAAAUUCUCA